GUCAACAAUUGUCAUCUGUAUUUGUGCAGCUGUCAAACGCGUACAUCUGCUUAUCGUGCUUUUUGUCAAAAUAUGCUGAUCAAAACAACUUUGUAGAAAACUUUUGUGGAAAAACUUUGCUAAGCUGGGAAAUAGAAAAUCUCUGCACGGUGUCCACUCCGGUGUGUUUGUUGUAAAAAAGGCAUACAAACGGACCAGCGGUCUGGAUUCUUUCGUACAAGAAGAUACGCAAUAGAUGAAGUAAGCUCACGGUGCCGGAAUGAGCGACCGGAGCGACAGCAUAUAAUAAUGUUUAUGUAAUUUAUGUUGCUAUCACUGACCACCGUCAGCCGUACGUACAACGCAGUGGAUUCAGAUAAAGCCAACCCAGAGAUAUUCUCUACGCCCUGCCUUUUGUCCGCUGCCUUCGACGUUGCGGUAGCUCUAAACGUUGGGAUGCGAACGAAUCUAUUAGCGCUUAACGCAACAAGCAGCUAGAACGGGCACGAAAGAGACGGAAGAAGCGAAUAUGAACGCAGGCAAGAGAUAGACAACAAGAAAACGUACCAGCGAACGUUGGCCGAAGGGCAAACAGUGCAUUUGAUAAGCCAAAUAUAAGUUCCACUGCUUAAAAGUGGUCCCCCGUUUAACACGUUUUUUCUGUGAUCGCUCUCGGCGUCGUUUGCGUGCGUAAAACCGUUCCUGGUAGGCAGCAAUAUCUCCACCUCGACCAAUUGGCAGAACAGCUGAUUCACGCAAAAUCCCUUUCACGCGCAACAUCAAUGAAAUCAACAUGAGCCCAUGCUAAGGUCGUGACCAUCAAACAACAAUCAACCGCGCACGGGCGUUUCAAGCAAACCACAACCGGACCAAGCAGAGGGUACCAGAAACCAACAUCAACUGGCCAGCUGGACUCGGCUGUACUCUAUCUAGCAAACAUCCCCUCAUCAACUGUUGCAGCGCCCGAACAACAACACCACACCAUGGUGGAACCUAUGUUUGAUUAUCAAUUCCGACACAUUCUGAUAGGAGACAGCACGGUCGGGAAGUCGUCACUGUUGAAAUACUUUACCGAUGGUAAAUUUGCAGAACUCUCCGAUCCAACGGUAGGUGUCGAUUUCUUUGCCCAUCUGAUAGAGGUAAUGGACGGAACGCGAAUCAAGCUGCAACUGUGGGACACGGCCGGGCAGGAACGUUUUCGCUCAAUCACCAAAUCCUACUACCGAAAUUCGGUCGGUGUGCUGCUCGUGUACGACAUUACCAACCAUGCAAGCUUCGAACACAUCCCGCUCUGGAUGAUGGAAGCGAAACGGCACAUCGAACCGCACCGGCCCGUAUUUGCGCUGGUCGGCUGCAAGCUGGACCUGGUCACUAGCGGUGCGCAGCAGCGCGAGGUUAGCAUCGAGGAGGCCCGCACCUUUGCCGAACAGCACGGUCUCAUAUUUGUGGAAACAUCCGCCCGGUCGGGUGUGAAUGUGCGGGAAGCUUUUAAGCUCGUUACGCAGGAAGUGUACAACAGGAUUAAGAGCGGUGAAUAUAAGGUGGAGGACGGAUGGGACGGCAUUAAGAAGGGUUUUAUGCGGCCAAACAAUCUUGAUUUUAAUCUCGUGGUGGCCGAAUCCGCACGGAGUAGUUGCUGUUAGGAUUUUUUUUGUUUACGUACGAUGGUAAAGUUUCCAAUCCAUAUACAUACACGCAAGCGAUGUGCUGCGUACGGGGAAGCGAUAAAACAUAGAGGGAUCGUUUUUUCGUCCUGUGAUGCCAGUAAAAGCAGGACCUCAUCUUUUUUGGUUGGUAACGCUGGGGAAAACAAUACUGAUGCAUGCCGUAGUGUAAAGUAAAGUUUCUUCAACAAACUGGAUUUACAUUUUUUCGUGCAACAAAUAGGGCUCCAUUUCUCCACUGGCAAACGAAAUUGUAUUCCAGAUAGGUUUUUUCUUUUGUUAUUGUUAUCUAUCACGCUUUUUUAUUUCCCUAGAUGGAGAGGGAUAACCACUGCAUAGUCUUGAACAAACAUUUUAUUCUGCUACAUAAUUGUAUGUUUUUUUUUUUUAAAAUGGUAAAACGAACAUUUUCUCCUUUUAUGCGGUUUUGUGCAUUAUCGACGUUAGGGCAGAAACUGUCUCGUAUACAAAUCGAUACAGUCCUAUGCUGUCGUGUGUAACCGACUGUUGGGUAGGUUGGCGAUAAGACGAUUAUCCCCCGCAAGCAAACAAACAAAAAAGGAAAAGGAAAAGGCUGGUACCAGCUUAGCGUUUCACGACCGGUACAAGGUGCUCACACGGAGAGGGAAAAAAACGUUUUCAUGUGAUAUUAUUUGUGUACAUUUUGUGUGGGGAUUUUGUGUGUAUGUAUUUGUGUAGCUAUGUGCGUAUCUAAAAAGUGUGUCCCCCCGGGGUAGGCAUGUGAACAGUGCAAAUUGCGUAUUCUGCACUCCAAAAAAAUUGCAGUUACACCUCUUGUGCAGGCAAAACACCGUAAUGUAUACAGUUUUUUCAUACACGAAAAACAAAAUGAAUAAUAAACAAAAGAUACAAUGUUCUUGGUGAUCUGUUUUAGAUGAGCUAAAAUGUAAUAGAAUUCAAUUAAACAAUUGUUAGUGUAAAAAAAAAAACAAAAAACAAAAUCAAAAACAAACCAGUAAACCAAAAAAGGCAAGGCAGAUAAUAAGUAACGAAUUUUUAAUAAACAUUUUCUGUUGCUGUAAACGUUUCUUCCUACGAAACCAACCAAUAUGUACAGUGAAAUCAUUCGGCUCUUUACUUCAAUAGCACGGUAUAAAAUCGUACAGAUUGAAUUAAAAUCUGGAGUGCUUUUUUUGUUUUGUCUUUCGAAUGCCGAUUAGAAACCAAACAUACAUUUGUUACGUUUCGGCCAUACUAAAACAUCAUCAUAUCGGCUAGAUGAGCUAGACAAUUCCGAGCAACUUAUUAUAAUCUUACUAAAAAAAAACCUUCCUUGCGUUUUAAACAUAUAUACUUUCAAACGGGGGAAAUAUACAACAAACUAAAGCACUGUAGCGUUUGAAGAAUAAAAAGGAAAACACAUAAAUUCUUUAACCGUAUAAAUUAUAUAAA